AUGACUCANGUUGCAUUGUAUUUUGCGGCACGUAGCCCUCAUUUAGUGAAAGGUGUCACACUUCUUAAUGCAACACCCUUUUGGGGGUUUCUUCCUAAUCCAAUAAAGAAUCCACGCCUAGCAAAAAUAUUUCCUUGGGCUGGAACGUUUCCAUUACCAGCAAGUGUAAGAAAACUGACAGAGUUGGUGUGGGAGAAAAUCAGUGAUCCUGCAAGUAUUGCAGAGGUACUUAAUCAGGUUUAUGCAGACCAUUCAACGAAUGUAGAUAGUUUAAUUUCACACAUUGUGGAAACCACACGGCAUCCUGCAGCAUCAGCAGCUUUUGCUUCAAUUAUGUGUGCUCCACAAGCAGAGUUAUCUUUCAAUGAAUCAUUAUCUAGAUGUCGGAGAAUGAACAUACCAAUGUGCCUGAUGUACGGAAGAGAAGAUCCGUGGGUAAAGCCACUUUGGGGAGUCCAAGUUAAAAGCAAGGUGCCUGAAGCUGCAUAUUAUCAAAUAAGCCCUGCUGGUCACUGUCCUCAUGAUGAAGUGCCUGAGGUGAUAAAUUUCUUGCUACGUGGGUGGAUCAGAAAUGUAGAAUCUCAAGGUUCUAUAUCACUGCCACUGCUUGAUGACUUAGUCUCUGUGAAAGAAGGUAACGUGUGGGAGUUAGAAUUUCUGAGAGAAGGUUCAAGAAAAUCAACCAUGGUGAGAUUCUUCGGCUCCAGAAUCUCCCUUUUGGACAGAAUACGAUCUUACAUCGACAACCCUCGCCCCAAGUUCAGAAAUUCAGCAGCUAAAUCUCAAUGACACGACGAGCUAAGCUGUGGCACAACAUUCCUCUUAUGUAGAUUAGUUAUUAUUAUUUGUUUGUGCCAUGUACAUUAGUUAUAUAAUCCGAAUCAAUUGUCCUUGUCGGAUGUUUCCCAACCAUAUAACAA